UGCGUCACAACCUAUGUCUAUAGAAUUAUGAAAAUACUUACAUUAUAUUUAUUCAAUAGCGGAUCUCGAUGACGAAAUAUUGUUGAUAUAUAUGGCCCACGCGAAGUCAACCAAAGCAUUCCCGACUAGCACCCGAGGAAUAUGGCGACAUGGUAGCGACUAUCAAUCUAUACAAGUAUCUAAAUAAACAACAUAUGUAGCAUGGCUGUUGACUUUUGCUUGAUGUGCUGUAUUUUCAUCUCGGUGAUACCACAGGUUUAUCUAAUCGUUCCACCAAUGACUCCAGUUUUGUCUGGGUUUGAACCUGCUGCUAUCGGGUCAUACCGUGAACUGUUCUGCGAUGCGUCUCAACCUGAUGCGGGGACCAUCACGUAUAAAUGGUACAAAUACUCGGUUGCUAAUGGUGUAGAGGACUGGGAAGCUAAAGGCCCAAUUGGUACAAGUCAGAAGUAUGUCUUCAGUCCGGUGACAGAGAAGAAAGUGUUCCAUGGUGGAACUGAGGAGCCUGUCAGUGGGAAGUACAUAUGUCGAGCAUCGAAUUCUGCUGGAACAAGAGACAGUAAAUGGGGAGAUUUGCUUGUUUAUAAACCAUGCUCGUUGUAUGCUGUCAGUGUCUCACCACUCAAACCUGCUAUCGGAAGUACAUUCACUCUCAACUGUUACAUACCGAAUCCAAGUGGAUAUUCCGUGAAUUGGUUAAAGAAGACAAACACUUCAUCUGAAGCUGAAAAUGUAGCAGCAGCAAACAGCAAGGGAUGUCAUUCUCCAAGUAACCCACGAUACAGUUGGAGUAGCUGCAGUCCUCCAAGCAUCUCAUCUAAGACACACACCUUCAACCUACAAGUAACCAAUGCUCAGCCUGCAGAUUCUGCUUACUGGAUUUGCCAGGAUAUUAUUCUGAGCUGCAGCAGUAAUCCAGUAAAACCAGUUAUACAAGCACACCCAGGGACACCCCAGAUCACCGGCUUUCCGUCGGGGCCAGUGAUAGCAGGAACGCAACUCAACUUAAAGUGUGUGGCUUCGCCUCCUGGAGACACUUACGACUGGUACAAAGAUGGUACAAAAGUUACGACAUCAUUGAGUUACGAUUUCCAAGUGAAGAAGGAGAGUGCUGGCGUCUACAAGUGCGUGGCGAGAAAUGCUGCUGGGACAACCACAAGCAGUGACAAGACAUUGGUCGUUUAUUAUAAACCUGAUGCCGUCGUCGUCUCAUCUGGUAAGGCAUCAUCCUACGUUGGCGAGAAAGACAAAUUCACAUGCACAGUCUCAGGGGGCAACCCUACCCCCAUUGUGAAGCUCUACUUCAAGAGGUCAGGUGGUACACCAGUAGAGGUUACCCAAGGUCAGGACAGGGUCAUGGUCAAAGAGGACAACCAAGCUGUGUAUUACUGCGAGGCCAAGGUCACUGGAUAUCCCUCUUUGGAUAUGACUUCAAGUAAGAAGACUUACACAGUAACAUUCGCGAAUACCAAGGUUUCCUUCCUCAAUAACCCUACCGCUGCUGUCCAGGUUGGUCAAGUGAAGAAGAUCACGUGUGAGACGGGUGAAAGUAACCCAAUUACUUCCAUAAUGUGGUAUCAGAACAUUGGAUCAUCAUGGCGGGAUAUCACCACCGGAAUAUCAUCCUCAGAGAGGAUUGGUGUGUAUGGCGGGAAGAUCAGGAUCAGUGAGUGGUCUGUGACAGCGACCAAGGCCAUGAAUGGUGCAACUGUCAGAUGUUCCUCAAAGUACUAUCUGACAGGACACUUAUUUACAUCUAAUGCCGAUACAACAAUAUAUGUUAAGUUCAAUCCUAGCAAAAUGAUAAGGUUACGAAAACCACUGACAUCCAUCCACGAGGGCAAGCUCUUCACAAUUGUCUGUGAGACAGACAGUGCCAACCCAGUGGCCAACAUCCAGUUCUACCGGACUAAGAGAACAGUAGGAACCUGGGAGCAACUGACCUCAGGGAUUACAUCAGAGGUCAGAGCGGCGGAGUACAAUGGCAUGAUUAGAAAGAGUACAUUGACUGUGAGGGCAAGUCGGUUGGACACCAUGGCUGUGUUUAAAUGUGAAGUGAAAGAAGGCUCAUUUCAGUUGGAACAAACAACCACAGUGAAUGUAUAUUUCCCACCAAACACCAAAUUAUCAACAUCUCAGCCGAAUCCUGUAAAGGAAGGUGACACACUCACCUUGACUUGUAAAGCAUAUGGAGGAAACCCGACAUCGUUCACCUUCAAGUGGUUUUAUAAGAACAAGGUGGUACCAAAUGAAACAUCAAAAGAUUACAAGAUCACAUCGAUAAAGUACACACAGAGCGGGAAGUACCGUUGUCAGGCGAUCAACUAUUCACCAGAUGGCAAAGCUGAUGGGUCUCUUGACGUGGAUGUUCUUUAUGCAGCAAAAUGGAAUCCUGCCCUGCCAGAAUCCUUUACUGUCGAAAGCAAAGUUAACACAGCGUUAAUGUUUACCCUCCAUGUUAUCGCCAACCCACCUCCCUCCAAUGUCACGUGGUUCUACAGAAAUCAGGCAACAAUCGGCGGAGGUUUCAUCGCCGCGAAAGUGAAUGACACAACAUACACACUCAACAAGACCAACAUUGGAUUAUCAGACUAUGGAAAUUACUCGGUCAAUGUGACAAAUGAUGUUGGAAUUUCAUAUUUUGUCUUUGAACUGAAACAAACUGGACCGCCGCAGACUCCAUGCUGCUUGAAGGUAGUAAAUUCUACAGCCAUAUCAGUGACUCUUACCUUUAAGAGGAACGGCAAUGGCGGAACACCUCAGACAUUCACCAUCGAGCACAGAGAACCUGGCGGAGAUUGGAUCGUUGUUGCCAAGAACAUAGCCGACCCAGGUUUUAACAGAGAUGUGGUCCAGAAGAUAGCAGAAUUGAAGGGUAAUCGGAUGUAUGAAUUUCGAGUUAAAGCAGUCAAUGAAGAUGGUGACAGUGGAUAUGGAAAUAUAAUUGAAGUCAAGACGCCAGCUGCCCCAAACACCACGCUCACGGUCAACCGUGAAGGAAGGAUCGUGACUGUUUCAUGGACAGCCCUGAAACGAUCAUACUCAAAGGUCCAGAUCAAAUACUGUCUGAGAGAGAAAUCGUCUAUGGCGUGUAGCUAUCACUACUUGAAAGAUCAAACAGCAACCACAGCAAGUUUUAUUGUGGACGCAAUAGCGAGUUAUGAUGUCUAUUUGGAGGUGUUUGAUGGGGUUGACAUCGUUUACCGUUCUGCACCACAUGUUGUUCUUAUUCCUUCUGGUAUCAAUGUGGGGAUGAUAGCUGGUGUGGUUGUGGCUGUGGGCAUCCUGAUAGCUGUGGUCGGGGCGGUAGUUGUCGUGUUACACAGGAGGAACAUGGCAUGCUUUUCAGAGCGAAACAAACGCGAUUCGGCAACAGUGGAUGGUGGAAUUGGGAUCACCGCCAUAACCGGACCAGAUGCGGUUGUCCAUGACCCUUUUUAUAUGAACGUAUUAGUGAACAAGGCUUUUCAAGGUGAAAAUGUCCCAGUUGAGCCAGUCUACUUGAAUGAUCCGCAACACCAGCAUCAAAACGGUGUAGGAGAUACCCGAGUUGACGAGGCAGCGUAUGAUGAACCUCAACACGGAGAAGACCCAGAGCGUGUCCAAGAGGUGAUCUACGACGAAAGAUCAACCCCUGUUUCAAGUGGUGGCAAUCCCCCAAGGAGAAUUGAAGAUAUUUCAGUCGAUGAUUUCAAGCAGUGGCUCCUUUCCAAGCGCGUGACAGAAUCAACCUACAAACGCCUGGCAAGGAAUGGAUUCAAAGAGGCCAGCCUUUUUGCUAUGCUACUACCAGGACAUGUCGAGGAACUGAGAAUAAAGCCCCUCGCUCAGAAGAUACUUGUGCAGAACUUGAUCAAGAGUUUCCAACAGGGGAAUGGAGCUGAAAGCUGCAAAAGGAUGAUGCCAGGCGAUGGAGAUGGAGAAGAAGGCGCUUACGAGGAAAUGGAAAACCCAUAUGCAGAGUUGAACAUCACGCCUGAUGUGAUUACCAGCCAGACGUACGCUGAAUUGAAACCGUGGAACAUGAGCAAAACCGGCCGAAAGUAUUAAACUGAGAUGAUGGACUCUCUUCAAAAGAGAUAAACUGACGUUAUCAUUACCUACCCAGGAUUGCCUA